AUGGAUAAGACGGGUGAUGAUAGAGAACUUAGGGAUAGAUUACCUCAGAGAGUCUGGCAUGGAACUUCAUAUAAAGUUGAGGUAUGUUGAGAUAAUUGCUUGAGAUAAUGAGUUAUAUUGUUAUUCUAAUGAGUUUCACAGCCAUCUUCCCUUCGAUAGGAUAUGCUCAGACAUGAUUGCGUUUCUCAAUUCUAUUAUUUGCCAUCAAAUACUUGAGUAUUAUACAAGAUUAUUUUCUCACUCUGAUAACUGCGGGUGGACCAGCAUCUGCUUCAGUGUUUAGUAUCAUAGUAUGAAACCUUCCAGUACAUAAAUGCAUGCAGUUUACAUUUAAAAUCGUGAAAAAAUGUUCCGUUAAUAAUACUCAAUUUUUUCAAUAGGAAGUGGGAGGCAUUGAUUUUAAACCAGAGCUAUCAAGACGAGUCAGUCACGCUGGAAGUCUGGGGAGAGUUUCUCCUAACCCAAAUACCCGACUCCGCUCUAGAAAUGGCAGUAAAUCUUCCACUAGUGACGCCAUCUCAACUACUAACGUCGUGCCAAGUGAUGACGUCACAUCAACAUCUGACGUCAUCAAUAAUGAGAUCAUAUCUAAUAGUAACGUCAUUUCAGCAAACACGUCAUCUCGUCAACCACGCGAGGCAGAAGCAUCUGAAAUGGCAAUUAUGUGA